AUGAGCCUCCUCGGGAGCUACCGGAAAAAGACCAGCAACGAUGGUUAUGAAUCCUUGCAGCUGGUGGACAGUAACGGGGACUUAAGUGCGGGGAGCGGUGGGGGUGGCGUCAAGCACAGAGUGAAUGUCGGGACGGCGGCGCGGAGUCCCGCCCGGCAGCUUCAGGACCGCGCCAGCACCAUGGACAGCUCAGGUGCCUCAUCACCAGACAUGGAGCCCAGCUACGGGGGCGGCCUCUUUGACAUGGUGAAAGGAGGUGCGGGGAGGCUCUUCAGCAACCUAAAAGACAACUUGAAAGACACCCUCAAGGACACCUCUUCCAGAGUUAUACAAUCUGUUACCAGCUACACGAAGGGAGAUUUAGACUUCACUUAUGUGACCUCCAGAAUUAUUGUGAUGUCCUUUCCUCUGGACAACGUUGAUAUAGGAUUCAGGAAUCAGGUGGAUGACAUUCGAAGCUUUUUGGAUUCCAGACAUCUUGACCACUACACGGUGUACAAUCUGUCACCCAAGUCUUAUCGAACUGCCAAGUUUCACAGCAGGGUUUCAGAGUGCAGUUGGCCCAUUAGGCAGGCCCCCAGUCUGCACAACCUCUUCGCCGUGUGUCGGAAUAUGUAUAACUGGCUACUACAGAAUCCCAAAAACGUCUGUGUUGUCCACUGCUUGGAUGGGCGGGCAGCAUCGUCAAUUCUGGUUGGUGCUAUGUUCAUUUUCUGUAAUCUCUACUCCACUCCUGGACCAGCUGUUCGAUUGUUAUAUGCAAAGCGGCCAGGCAUAGGACUUUCGCCUUCCCACAGGAGAUACCUGGGCUAUAUGUGCGACCUCCUAGCAGACAAACCCUACCGCCCUCACUUCAAACCUCUCACGAUUAAGUCGAUCACUGUCAGUCCGGUCCCUUUUUUUAACAAGCAGAGAAAUGGAUGUCGCCCUUACUGUGAUGUGCUAAUUGGAGAAACCAAAAUAUAUACGACCUGUGCGGAUUUUGAACGAAUGAAAGAAUACCGUGUCCAAGAUGGGAAAAUCUUCAUUCCCUUGAGCAUCACUGUGCAAGGAGAUGUGGUCGUUUCCAUGUAUCACUUGAGAUCAACCAUUGGGAGCCGGCUACAGGCCAAGGUGACCAACACUCAAAUAUUCCAGCUGCAGUUUCAUACUGGAUUCAUACCACUGGAAACAACAGUUUUAAAGUUCACCAAGCCUGAGUUGGAUGCAUGUGAUGUACCAGAAAAAUAUCCUCAGCUGUUUCAGGUGACUCUGGAUGUAGAACUACAGCCCCAUGACAAAGUGGUAGACCUGACCCCACCAUGGGAACAUUACUGCACAAAGGAUAUCAAUCCCAGCAUCCUCUUUUCUUCUCACCAGGAGCAUCAAGAUACUAUAGCCUUAGGAGGACAGGCUCCAGUAGAUAUCCCUCCAGACAACCCCAGGCAUUUUGGGCAAGGCGGCUUCUUUUCCACUCUCUGUUGGCAAGAUCAGAAAUCGGAGAAAUCGUUCUGUGAGGAAGACCAUGCUGCCCUAGUGAAUCAGGAAAGUGAGCAAUCGGACGAUGAACUUCUGACCCUUUCCAGUCCACACAGCAGUGCCACUGAUGACAAACAUCAUGGAACCAAAAAGCCCAGCAAAAGGCAGCAGGAGCCAGCUGCCCCUCCACCCCCCGAGGAUGUAGACCUUCUGGGCUUAGAAGGGUCUACAGUGAGUAAGAACUUCUCUGCACCAGUGGCUCCUCCCACCAAUUCUGAACUGCUCAGUGACCUGUUUGGGGGUGCAGGUGCGGCUGGCCCUGCCCAGGCUGGACAGUCUGGGGUGGAAGACGUGUUUCAUCCAAGUGGACCUGCAUCUGCCCAGUCAACACCACGCCGGUCUGCCACUUCCACUUCUGCAUCUCCAACUCUGAGGGUGGGGGAAGGUGCCACCUUUGACCCAUUUGGAGCACCUUCUAAACCAUCGGGUCAGGAUUUGCUGAGCUCUUUUCUGAACACAUCCAGUGCGUCCAGUGACCCUUUUCUUCAGCCUACAAGAAGUCCUUCACCUACAGUGCAUGCUUCAAGUACACCUGCUGUGAACAUUCAGCCAGAUGUUUCAGGAGGUUGGGACUGGCAUGCUAAACCAGGAAGUUUUGGAAUGGGAAGCAAGUCAGCUGCCACCAGCCCUACAGGAUCCUCGCAUGGCACCCCCACGCAUCAAAACAAACCCCAGACUCUGGAUCCUUUUGCUGACCUUGGGGCACUAGGUACAAACCUAACAGGUAGUUCGUCAUUUGCCAGCAAACCCACCACACCAACUGGAUUGGGUGGGGGAUUUCCACCUCUCAGCUCACCACAGAAAGCUUCUCCGCAGCCUAUGGGUGGAGGAUGGCAGCAGGGAGGUGGCUACAACUGGCAGCAGACACAGUCCAAGCCACAGCCUAGCAUGCCACACUCCUCUCCCCAGAACCGGCCCAACUACAACGUGAGCUUCUCAGCCAUGCCUGGGGCCCAGAAUGAACGUGGGAAAGGACCAACCAAUUUGGAAGGGAAACAAAAAGCAGCUGACUUUGAAGACCUACUUUCUGGUCAAGGCUUCAAUGCACACAAAGACAAAAAGGGGCCUCGAACAAUAGCUGAGAUGAGAAAGGAAGAAAUGGCGAAGGAAAUGGAUCCUGAGAGACUGAAGAUUCUGGAGUGGAUUGAAGGCAAAGAGAGAAAUAUCAGAGCACUUCUCUCCACAAUGCAUACUGUGCUGUGGGCUGGGGAGACCAAAUGGAAGCCGGUUGGCAUGGCAGACCUGGUAACGCCAGAGCAGGUGAAGAAGGUGUACAGGAAGGCUGUGCUGGUGGUGCAUCCAGAUAAAGCUACUGGGCAACCCUAUGAACAAUAUGCAAAGAUGAUUUUCAUGGAGCUCAAUGAUGCCUGGUCUGAAUUCGAAAAUCAAGGCCAAAAGCCCUUGUACUAAUUUUCCAUGUCUGCUGGAGACCUGUGCAAAUGCUUAGCGUGUGUCAUAAUUCUGAGGUUUUCAAAGAUGAACCAAAAACUCUGGUAACACGUACCAGUACUAAACUGUUCAAUUACUUGUGAGUUAAUUCCUCAUUAAUAAGGAAUGUGGUUGUUUGUUUUUUCAAGUCCCUGCCAUAAAAGAACCAAAGCAGGACAGGACCUUUUAGUUAGAUGACCUUGCAGAGCUACAACGUUCCACCCUGCCCUUUGCAGAGCCCUCUCAGCAUAUUGUGGGGAAAUGGGAAAUAAAGGCCACCAAAAGCAUAACCCAUCUCAUUUUCUGGAGAUAUGAUUAAUGAGCAAAGUUAUGGUAAUAGGAUUACAUGAUGGAUUUUAACUCAUGGUUAUUAGAUUUUUGUGGAAAGAUAUAAUUUGAGCAACUGAUUUAGACUCCAGAAAUAUAACCACCAAGUUGUUUUUUUUUAGUGGAAAUUUACUAUGGCCUUUAGAGUAACACUGUGUACUUCUUUUGGUCAAGAGGACUGACAGAUGCAAAAGAACUUGAGUUGUGGGAAGUGACUGUACUAUAAUCCGGUGAUGACCACCAACUCUUCCUGGAUAAGCUAAAAAUUAGUGAAAAUACAGGUUAAAGAAAAUAGGGACUCUGAGGAGGUAGAAAUCUUUAUUUCCAGUCAGAAAGUUGGGCUACUACCUUCCUUUCCCUUUAGAAAACUGGUUGCUCAGUGAAAAAAGUCUCAACACGAUAACAACAACCUGGUUUGAAAGAAACGUCUUAAUUGCUAUCAGGUGUAAUGCUCUUCCUUUCGCUUAGCCAAGAAAUGUUCUUAGCUUGUUGUGAAGCAGUUUGGCACAUUCACAAGUGGUCGGGACAGGUAUCUGGUAUGGACUGAGCAUCCUCUAGGUGUGCAAGUAGCUGUGGUGAGAGAAGAUGAGACAACACUGAGCAUGAGUAACAGUCAAGUGCAGUGGCAGGGAGAGAGCUGUGCUACCUGCACACGGAGUCAGGUGGCUUUUCAGGAUUUCCACGUUCCUCUCCUGCCAGGUGAAACUGGAUCUCUUGGAUUAUUUCAGUGGGGUUUAUUGCUUUAAAACUCGUUGGCGAUCCCCAGGACCAACACCUCACACAGGGACAUCUGUAAAAGCAAAGCAAGAGUGAAGUCUUUGCAGAAUUCAGACCAGUUGGAUUUUAGUUCAGUGUUUGGCUGUUUCUGGUUUUGAGGGUAAGCCACUGUUAUCCCAUGAGUUUAGUAGAGCUCUUCGGCGCGCAUGCACACAGUGUGCAUAGUACACAUGUGCAGAGCAGAGGGGCAGACAGAUUUCCUUCCUAACUUUAAAAGGUUCAUGCUCAAUAUUGUGAAAAGCUUUCAAAAAUUGUUUUUUAAAGACAAUCAUUUUUUGUUUCUAUUUUAAUUUUCUUAUGGCAGACUCUACUAGAAAAGCAGCAUGUUAAAAAUGCUUUAUGUUCCAAAUUAGAAAAAAGAAAAAAAUAUUCUUUAUGUUUUAUAUAGAAUUUUCUUUCUUUUUUUUCAUUAAAAGUGUUCUUUUUUUAAUUUUACUUUUUACUCACCAUGUGAAACUCACAGAAAAUGUUCUUUUAAAAUAUACAGCUGUCAACUCUUCAAGGUAACCAUAACAAACUAGGUGUUAUUUAUUAACGUAUUAUAAAAUAAUAUUUGAUUCAGUAUGUGCUUGUCUUAUUUAAAAUUGGAAUGUGAGACAUGUUGCCGUGACUUGUUUUUUCCUUGAUUCACAAUUGUAGAUAUUAUGUGAACUACAGUAUAUAAUGAUAAUAAUUAAAAGGAUAUUAUGUGAAUGUCACAUACAUUUUGAAAUGAUAGAAAUAUAUUAGCUUUGAAUCAUGUUGGGAUAAUUCAUCAAUGUUCACAGUUUAAAACAUCAUUAAACAUUAUGUAAGUAGCAAUGAGAAAGAAUCUUACCUAACUUAACUUUGGGUUCGCCCAUCUCUUUCCCGGAUACAUUAUAACUCGGGGCCCCUGUUUAUCUCAAAACUCUUAGCAUACGCAGGCCAACAGGUUUUUGCAUUCGUUUUAAAUAUCUGGUUGUGACAGAGUUUCUUGUUGAUCAAAUUCACUGUUUCAUUCGUAUUUAUUGUAAUAUAUUUUUGUUUUGUAAAUAUGUUACAAACAAUAAAAUGUGAUUGGUCUAAAAUAUUUGUAAUGUAUAUUA